AUGGCCUGGCCAAAGCCCCAGAAAAGCUCUUCCGAGAGGCUGGACUUUGACCAUGGGCGGGGGGCUCCGAGUGAGCACCAGGACUGGGCAGUGGUCCAGCUGAGGCCCCACCUUUCCUUCCUGGGCCGCGGUUUUCCUCGCUCUCUCACGCUUCCUUGCCUUUGCUCAGGCUGCUUCCUUGUCUGCUGCCUUUCAGAUUGUUGUUUAGUUGCUAAGUUGUGUGGGACUCUUUGUGACCCCGUGGUCUGUAGCCCGCCAGGCCCCUCUGUCCAUGGGAUUUCCCAGGUGAAGAAUACUGGAGUGGGUUGCUGUUCCCUUCUCCAGGGGUUCUUCCUGGACCAGGGAUCAAACCCUGGUCUCCUGCACUGGCAGGCGGAUUCUUUACCACUGAGCCACCUGGGAUACCUGCACCUGAUGAACAAGGAGUCUUCCCUCCAGACCUGCCUUGGGGGUCGCAUCCUCUGUGACACCUGUGAGGGCAGCAGAUUCCUCCCUCCUGUGUCCCCAUCACUCACCCAUCACCAUCACGUGGUCCCCUCUAGUCUGGGAUCCACAUCAACCGCCAAGGGACUUAGACUUGGCAGCACCAAGUCCUCAUCCCAAAUACUUGGGGGGGUCACACAGACCUUCAGACCUAUUCUUGGUUCCACCUGA